AAAAAAAAUGUCGCGCUACGUCUGCAUUUACAAAAGAGUAAAGGUCGCGCCGGCCGUCAUCGCGCGCUCGUUACACUUCGAUUGUAGUGUGUUAUCGCGGAUACGUGCUAUCUCUUUAAACGGUCACGUUGUGAGUCACGUUGACGUGAAUUUUAAUUUCGUAAUUUCCUUGAUUCACGGGUCCGUAUUGGCAAUUCAGCUGAUCGCACGUAUAUCGCGUGGCGGUAGCGAUGUUGCGUUAGAGCGCUAUCGGUAUACAUGUGUAACGCGCGUGUUGUGCGAUAGAAUUGAAGGCCGGAUCAAUCUUUGCCUGCGAAGUUUGAAAAUAGUCUAUUCCCGUCGUUCACCGAGCACGACCCACACCGACUGCCACAAUUUAGGUUAAUGAGAGCUGUCACGAUUGCGAAACGCGACAUCUGAAAUUCCCCGGCGAUUGCGCCUAGCAGGAGUGAUAUUUACAUAAAGAAACACGCGAAUGUAAUCGCGCUUUCCGAGAAUUGAAUAAUGUUGAACAGUAUAACGAAACACAUUUUGCACUGCUGCCUGCUGCUCGUGGUCAUAUUAGUAUUCGAAUUUGUAUCCGGUGGCCUUCGGUGGAAUACAGAUAAGAAGGAAGAAAUUGACCCAUGGACAAGAUAUGGCAUUAUCGGUGCAAUUACCUUGUACCUGCUGCGCACAGUGACGUUUCUCUCCUUCCCCCAAGUCUUGUUCAAUUUCAUAGGAUUAACGAUAUACAAUGCAUUCCCCGAUAAAGUGGUCCUGAAGGGCUCGCCCCUGCUCGCACCGUUCAUCUGUAUAAGGAUAGUGACCCGCGGGGAUUAUCCGCAGCUAGUGAAGACGAAUGUGAAGAGGAACCUGGACAAAUGCACAGAGGCCGGCCUCGAGAACUUCCAAAUAGAAGUCGUGAGCGACAAGCCGAUAGGAUUGACGCCGCAUCGCCGGGUGCGGGAAGUUGUUGUCCCACCGAAUUACCGCACAAGUAGCGGUGCCUUGUUCAAGGCUCGUGCUUUACAAUACUGCCUCGAGAGCUCGGUAAACGAAUUGGCUGAUCACGACUGGAUUGUCCACCUCGACGAGGAGACUCUGCUGACUGAAAACUCCGUUCGCGGUAUACUGAACUUUGUACUGGACGGCAAGCAUCAAUUUGGCCAAGGGUUGAUCACGUACGCCAAUGAGGAUGUCGUCAACUGGAUCACGACCCUGGCCGACAGCUUCAGAGUGGCGGACGAUAUGGGAAAGCUAAGAUUACAAUUCACCAUGUUUCACAAGCCAUUUUUUAGCAUGAAAGGAUCCUAUGUGGUCACACAGAUGGGAGCAGAAAAACAGGUUUCAUUUAAUAAUGGAUUGGACGGAUCCGUCGCGGAAGAUUGUUUCUUUGCCAUGAAGGCGUUUUCCCAGGGAUAUACGUUCAACUUCGUGGACGGCGAAAUGUGGGAGAAAUCACCGUUUUCACUGUGGGACUUCGUACAGCAGAGAAAAAGAUGGCUGCAAGGUAUACUACUUGUCGUGCAUUCCAAAGCGAUUCCACUAAGAAAAAAAUUGUUGUUGGGUAUUUCGUGUUACUCGUGGGUGACGAUGCCUCUCUCCACGUCUAACAUCGUCCUGGCCGGAUUAUGUCCGAUCACUUGCCCACCGUUGAUUGACUUUCUCUGCGCGUUCAUCGGCGCGGUGAAUAUCUACAUGUAUGUGUUCGGAGUAGUCAAAUCGUUCUCCCUGUAUCGUUUCGGUGUCGCCCGAUUUAUGAUGUGUAUAUGCGGUGCACUGUCCACUAUUCCGUUCAAUAUAAUCAUUGAGAAUGUCGCGGUGAUAUGGGGCUUGUUCGGUAAGAAGCACAAGUUUUAUGUCGUUAACAAGGAAUUCAGGCCGCCCGUGACCGUAUGAUGCGUCAUCAGUUUAGAGCCAUUAUCUCUAACUGGCGCAUACUUAGCAACAGCGUAAUGUUUCCAUUGUGCGUGUGCAUAAUUAGUACCUGUAAAUUUACAUAGGAAAAUAUAUCACUGUCACAAACGGAAUAUUUAUAGUUAGUAUUAUACGUGGGAAUUGCGAGAUUCCUAAGAUAGAUCGAUUGAUCAAUUUCAGAACAGAAAAAAAUGGAAGGUAUACAGCAAUAGGUAGAUGCAGUAUUAGAAACGUAUUCUAUACAUUGGCAUUAAAAAACAUUGCCAAAUUUGUUAAAAGUAUUAAUACGUAAAAAAUAUAUUUAUGCCAAUAUCAUAUUCUCAUAGUGCAAAAUACAUGUCAUAUACAUAUAUGUAUAUAUACACUUUGAUCUCAUGUAAAUGUCAUGUGUGAAUGUUUAGCAUUCGUUAAGUUGCAUAUCAUUUUACAUGUUCCUUUUCUUGCACCAAUUUUCUCUUGUCGUGUUCAGAGAUAUCUUUUUUUGCCAUAUCAUAGUAUUUUCUUCUUAAUAUUCACUUAAUAUCUCACGAAGUGUUAUGUAUAUUACAAUCAUAUUAACAUUUUAACAAUGUUUGAAAUUUUUUUCAGACAUUUGUCUAUAUUUUUUAAUAGCAAUAAGCCAUUUGAAUGCAUCAUUAAUUCGGAAAACUGUGAUAAAUCUUGCUUUCCUAUAAUAACAUAUUAACAACAUCCUUGUUUAAAAAUAUAUAGAAACAUGUAUUAAGCUUAAUGCAAACAAAUUUAAAAAAUAACGUAUAGAGUGAGUCACAAAAUAUUUCGUUGUCUUAAUACCGAAGUAUACAUAUAUAAUAGUUUUUCAUUAUUUGGGAUUUUACACACUUUUAAUUAAUGACAAAGCUAAUCAUACAUUUACAUCAAUUGAUAUAUGUACACUGUACUUAAUAAGGUUAAUUUAAUUGUUUAACAAUAUAUAUAUAUGAAAAUUCUGAAAAGAUAUAAAAAUAUGAUUUUUAUGUUAAAAUCUUAUAAAAUCAAAAAAUUGUCUAUUUCUUGUAAUUAACUUAAUUAAUAUUUUAAAGACUAUGAACAAAUUAUGAAGAUAUAUAUGUGGAAAAGUGAUAAAUUUUAAUGGAAAGACAUUUGUAUCAAAUUAAUUUUUUGUGAAAUAUUAAAUAUUAGAAAUAUUA